AUGAAGACCAUGCUAACUCCCUCCUCUGCCGCCGGUUUGGAAGCUGAUGAAGACUGCCUUUCUCUUUCUCUUUCUCUUGGCCCACCUGGCCAACACAUCCGUAAGAGCCACCAAAAACCUUCUAGUGAGGGUGGUGUAACAACGGCCCAUCGGAUCGUUUCUCCAAGCAAAUACUGGAUUCCUUCGCCGAUAGAGAUCCUUGCCGCUGGUCCAACACAACUCUCUUGCUCAAUCGACAACAACAUGCAGAUGCAUAUGUCGGGGGCCUCGGGGCAUGGAUCACUGUAUCGGAAGGGUGCAGAAUCUUUGAGAGGAACAAACCCCACUUAUUCCAAGCCAAUACUGCCAUGUUAUUGUUGUGCCGAGGGUUGCAAGCACAAUAUAGAGCAUCCGCUGUCAAGGCCACUGAAAAGUUUUAAGACCCUGAAGGAUCAUUACAAGCGAAAGCAUGGUGCCAGGCUUUACGAGUGCCAAAAAUGUGGGGUACGAUUCGGUCUCAAAGUAGAUUGGAGGUUUCAUGAGAAGAACUGCGGGAAGCUCUGGCUUUGCAUUUGUGGCUCUAAAUUCAAACACAAGAGGUGCCUUACACAGCAUGUUAGUGCAUUUGGGAAUGGCCAUGCACCGCACACUUAA